CGUAUUUCAUGCAUAUUUUUCUUGCACUGUUUCCGGUUCUUCAACUUCUCUUCAUAUCUUUCAUAGGAUUGCACUACAGUGGUGUUGACCUCGGGAGAUCGUCGGGACGGACUUGCACCGCCAAGAUAGGUUAACAAAAUCGCCCAAAAUCGAAAUUAUCGGUGAAGCCAAAGAACGAAACAAAAUAUCGAGACUUGCCUCAUUUCCCUAUAAUAAUCUCUCAGUACUGGUCUCUCAAAAUUUCUACGCCCACCAGUCGCAAGACUCCACGCAUUACCAACAUGUCGCGUAAUCAAGGCCUUGCUGCCAUGAGAAAAGGCGAUCGAUUCAAGGCCAUCCGAGGCUAUUUACCGCCACUGAAUUUCAUAACAAUCCACUACUUCUACUUUAUUUUCACUUGUCUUUUAUUUUCGGUCAUCUUCUGGGGGUCUUCUAACCCAUCUCGCUCAAUCACGUUCAUAGAUUCGCUUUUUUGCGUCGUGUCUGCAAUGACGGAAACUGGUCUCAACACCGUCAACCUCUCUGAGAUGAACACUUUCCAACAGUUCAUUUUAUGGUUUCUUAUUGUUAUCGGAAGUACCAUCUUUGUCAGCAUCUCAACGGUUUUGACCAGAAAGCGGGUUUUCGAACGACGGUUGCAUCAUGUGGUCAAGGCUCAGAGAGAAGCGAGAAGAGAUAGGAGACGUAGUAUGGGUUCCUCCGCUGCAGAAAUUCCCGCGAUCAAAAGACUCCAGCAGGCGAGAGCAACAGAAGAACCGGUGGACAAGAGUGAGUUUGAAAGUAGGCACUCUGGUCCUAGGGACCCGACUUCUCAGCCUUCCCAAAGUGGGUCGGUAGCUCAUCAGCUACCGGGUCACGGGAAGGACGGUACGGACGACUCUGAUUAUGAUACUGCAAAGCCAGUCGUUAUGGGCGGAGCUCUUUUGGGAGAAGGUAAUGAGGAUAUUGCACCAAUUCAACGUGACCAUGUCAUGCACUAUGCUCCAGCUCCCCCCUCUUCCGCUAGCAACAGAGUAUUGAGCUUCGCUGGAGUGGGUGCCAACCCGAACUCAUCGUCCUAUAAUCGUUCUCGAAACGGAUCGAAACAACGAAACAAAAACGUCACGUCCAUUUCCGAAUCUCAAACUAGCGGACAUGAAAAUAUCAGCCAGCUACACUACCCAUCUUACCUAGGUAAAGAUACCGAAGGUCGCAAUGCACAAUUUCAUGACUUGACCAAGGAAGAGCGUGAGCAUUUGGGAGGUGUGGAGUACCGAGCUAUCACUUUAUUAGCUUAUGUCAUUCCAAUGUACUGGGCGCUUUGGCAAGCUUUGGGAUGUGUUGGUCUUGGGGCAUAUAUGGCUCACAAUAAGGCCGAUGUUAUUGGCAUCAAUGGAGUAAAUCCUUGGUAAGUAUUUGAACUUGUGUAUCAUCGCAACUUUAAAUCUAAUUUUCCAUUUGUCAACAGGUGGCUGGGAAUUUUCAACGGAGCUUCUGCAUUCAACAACUCGGGCAUGUCUUUGUUAGACGCCAACAUGGUUUGCUCGCCCCUCAUUAAAUAAGAAAAGACAACUACUAACAUGCACCAGAUACCAUUUCAAACCUCUGUGUAUGCCUUGAUGACGAUGGGUAUCAUGAUUCUUGCUGGAAACACUGCGUCAGUCCUCCGCCAAAAUGUCAUCGUUCCACUAACACCUCGCUUACAGAUAUCCCCUCUUUCUUCGCCUGAUUCUGUAUCUCAUGCUCAAGCUCCUUUGCUUGAUUUGCCCCUCUCCUGACCAGCACCCGGAACACAAAGCAACUCUACGAUUCGUCCUCAAAUACCCUCGUCGCGUCUACACGAAUUUGUUCCCUUCUGCACAAACAUGGUGGCUCUGCUUCAUGGUUGUUUGCCUCAACGGAAUCGACUGGGUCGCCUUUGAGGUAUUGAAUAUCGGCAACGAAAAGGUCGAGGUUAUCCCUAAAGAAUUCCGGAUACUUGGUGGUCUAUUUCAAGCCAUUGCUGUCAGAAGUGGUGGGUUUUACGUAAGUUGACAUCUGGACAUUGCAUGACCUGACCUCUUCCCUUCUUUGCUAAAACACGUAGAUCAUCUCCAUGACUUCACUCCGAAUUGGUCUUCAAGUCCUGUAUGUUAUCAUGAUGUACGUCUCCGUUUAUCCCGUAGUAAUCACCAUGCGCCACUCCAACGUCUACGAAGAGCGAUCCCUGGGAAUCUACGCCGAAGACAAACCAUACCGGGACGCAGAAGACCCCAAACUCAACGCCGUUGGCAAAAUUAAGCGUUCCAUCUCCGAAGCGACCAACAAAGACGUCGGAUUCUCAACCUUGAGAGGCGUUGGCGUCGGCACACAACAAUUCGUCCACCAACAAAUCCGCGCCCAGCUCUCACACGACCUCUGGCUCCUAGUCAUCGCCAUCCUCUUCAUCACGAUCAUCGAAACCUCGAAUUUCGAAAGAGAUCCGCAGGUGUACUCGGGUUUUAAUGUCGUUUUCGAAGUGGUGAGUGGGUAUGGUUGUGUAGGUAUUUCGACUGGUCUCCCCGAUCAAGCAUACUCCUUCGCUGGCGGCUGGAAAACUGGUAGUAAGCUUAUUUUGUGUCUCGUCAUGUUGCGUGGGCGCCAUCGUGGCUUGCCUGUGGCACUUGAUCGAGCUGUUCAGCUUCCAGGAGAGCUUGGUGAGGGUGAAGAGGUAGAUGAGGCAUUGAGGAGGAGUUUGAGUGUGAGAUGUCCCAGUGUUCAUGAUGCAUGAACUACUCGUAUGGAUAGGAAGGGGACAAUAAGUAUGAGAGGGUUUUCGGCUCUUUCUUAUUAUCGUCUCCCUGUUCCCAAAGAGAGUACUUGCGGUAUCUCUGAAUCCCCAAAGGAUACUAGCUGCAUACCUUACUGGCAGUAGUAUAACCUGGAUAUCGCAGAAACUUUCCUGCGUUGUUUUGGUACAAGAGAGAGCUUGAGCACUAUGUUGAUUUUUGAAUUUGGACCUUGCAAUUUCCAUUCUCAUGUUUCUUUUUAGAUUUUUUUGACAAGGAAGAAAAGGAGUCGUAACUAGAAUAGAUUUAGAUACC